GCGGAAUCUUGUGUUGUGUGCGGGGGCGCGGUGCUUCGCGGGGGAGGGGCAAAACCACAGGAGUUGGAGCUCCAGAUGUCUCAAGAGCACUAUGGGUGGCUGAGCAUCACAAAAGCAUGACGAGCGUGCAGGAGAUGACAAAACGGUUCGAGGAGACGAGUCUGGCGGCGGCGGCGGUCCGGCCCCGUGCUCAGGUGGCACGUCGCACUGCCAGCUUCCGAACCAGCGCGCCACUCAAGCUGCGCCACCACAGCAGCGAGAGGUCGCAUCGGGCUGCGCCGCUCGCGCCCCGUCAGCGCCCACGUCAGCCCGCUGCUGCGCGAGCGACCGGCUGUGCUCAAGCGCAACGCCGCGCUCAAGGCACGCGUCAGCGACCGCGUCAGCGGCAUGGAGCGACGCGCGCCAGCCGACGGCGCCGAAGAAGUGACCGUUGUGGAGGAGACGGCCGCCGAGCCGGCGCGCGCGGGCGGCGAGGCAUCGCCGCCGGGGUCGAGGCAGGCGGCGGCCGGGCCGCCCCACCGACCGCUGGUGCGCGAGAUGGCCGCCGUCCACGACAACAACAACGAGCCGUCGAAGCCGGUCGUGCCGCGGCGGCCGGAGGUAGCGGCGCUGCCGCUGCCGGCCGGACCGCCGCCGCGCAAGCCGCCGCGCACCUUCGAGCACGAUGCGUACGUGGUGGCGCGAGAGGCGCGCGCCACCACCGUGGCGAUCCGGCGCGGCGGCUCCGGGCCGCGGCCAGCACUGGCGCGCAAGCCCAGCGACCUCGACACGCGCCGCCGUGGCUGCGACGAGACCCUCUACGGCACGCUCAGCCGCGAGCACGUGUACGAGCGUCUGCCGGACGCCAAGCGGCCCGUCUCGGUCACCAGCUCGGCGGGCUCGCCGCCGGGUCUGCGUCGCAACGGCGCCUUCAAGCGGCUGGAACGGCCGUCGCUGCGGUGCUGGGACGCCUCCAGCCGGGCUCCGCCGCCGCCGGCACCCCGCAGCCGUCACCAGGUCGUGCAGGCGGUCGUGCAGGCGAUGGGCCUCGGCUGGCUCUGUCCGGCCGUUGACGGAUCAUCAGCUGACUAUCCCCGUCCCUCUCCGCAGGUCGUGCAGGCGAUGGGCGGCGCCCGUCCGCGGCCCGGCGUCGGUCCGGCCGACCGGCUGUUCGACGCCCUGCUGGUGGUGGCGCUCUCGGCCGAAGCCGACGGCAGUCUGGAGCCCUGCAUCAUCAGCAGAUACCCGCCCGAUGUGGCGCCAGAGGCGGACGUGGCGCCUUUCUGUUUCCCGGACGCCGACCGGUGGCAGCGCGCGCCGGAUGAGUGGGGCCGCUCGGCGGCCGACGGUGGCGCCGCCUACACGCUGGUGGUGACGGACGAGCGCGGCGGCCGCUCGUACGGCUACUGCCGCCGGCUGACGGCCGACACCGGCGGCGAGCCCGUCACGCUGCCGAUCGCCUACUGCCUGCUGUCGCGACACGACGCCGGCGCCUUCUACUCGCAGCUGCUCUCUGCCAUUCUGGAACACCACGGCACGUCAGAGCAGCACCGACUCUCCGUGCUGGAGGAGCUGUAUAACCAGCCGUUCCCGGCGCCGGGCGGCUCGGUCUCCGUGCUGCCCGUGCCCGCCGCCUGUCCCGCGGGCGAGGCGAUGGAGCCAGCCAGUGCCGGUCCGGUGACGCUGGAGCCGUCGUUGGUGCGCCGUCCGCUGGACCCGCGGCUGGAUGACGGCGGCCUGUACCAGCUGGUGCGGCGGCUCGGGGUCGACCUGUUCAUCAAGCUGUUCAGCUCGGCGCUGCUCGAGCGCAAGCUGGUGCUCUGCAGCUCCCACCUCGGCGUGCUUUCCUCGAGCGUGGCGGCGGUGCAGGCGGCGCUGUGCCCGUUCGUCUGGCAGCACUGCCUGGUGCCGGUGGUGCCCAGCCAGCUGGCCGAGCUGCUGGCCGUGCCGAGCCCGCUCAUCAUGGGCGCGCUGCCGGAGGCGCGGCCCCUCGACCACCUCGCCGGUCAGGAGGAUGUGAUCUGCGUGGACCUGGACACGGCGUCGCUGGUGCAGUGCGUCGGCGACGAGUCGACGAUCCUGCCGCGCCGGCUGGGCCGGGCGCUGGUCGAGGCGCUGCGGCUGGCCGCUUGGCUGCCCGGCCCCGAGCCCGACUCGGCCAGCGCCGCCGUGCUGCUGGCGGAGACGCUGCUGCGCCUUUUCGUCGAGGUGUGCGGACACUACCGCGCCCACUUCGUCACGCAGCAGGACGGACAGCGGCUCUUGCAGCGGGACGCGUUCGUGGAGGCGGCCCCAACCGACGACGUGCGCGAGUUUCUCGAGUGGUUCACCGAGACAGCCAUGUUCAACGCCUUCAUCGAGUCGUGCGAGCGCCACGUCGAGACCCCGGCAGUGAGCCUGUUCAACCGGCGCGUGCUGGAGCAGCACGACGAACUGGAGACGAGCGCGCACGGCCUGCGUAAGGGCACGCGACAGCUCAGUAAGGCGCUGAGCGGCCGGCUGAAGAGACACCUCCACACCUGAGCUGGUUCCGGGGCCGCAGGAGCCGCUCCUGGGGCCCAGGAGCCGCUCCUGAGGCGCAGAAGCCGCUCCCGAGGCUCGGUAGCCCCUCCCAAGGCCGCAAGGCGCCGCCGAGGUCCGGCCUGCUUGCCCUGGCCUCUUCUCUAUUUGUGGGUCUGGUAUGACUCCCGGUUGUGAUAAGAUUGGUCUGGCGCUCGCCCGAGGACGCUGCGAUUGGCCCGGGUCGAGCGGGCUUCGAUGCUAGGCAUGGUUUGUCGCCAGGCCAGCGCGUACGUGCGCGCGGCAAAACGUACUCCUCGUUCUGUGGCAUGCCUCUUACAGCUGUUACCUGUUUAAAACAGUGUGAUUCCGUGAUCUGUAGUCAUGUGAGCGCUGAUGAACAAAAUACAUGAUCUGACCCACGA